UCUCUGAUGUCGGUAACGAGAUGGACCAACAGUAAACAAAGCUUUACCGUGUACCACUCCUUCGAUAUUAACUUCUCUAUAAGUUAGCUUAAAUAUAUUUUAAUGAAGAUUUGAAACAAAAUGAUCUCAGACGAUGCCAUUUAUACAUUGUUUAUGGCCGUUUCAGUAGGAUCAGGCCCUCUUUUUCGUGAAGUUUUGAAAGACGCACACUCAAGAAGAUAUGUCUCCACCUUUCUGGGUCUCUUCAUGCUCUGGGCCACUUGUGGAUAUCACCUUAUUCACCUUUUAAUAACUGUAGUAGGAAACUGCAUAAUUUUGAGCAUUGUGCCACAUUCAAAGAAUGAAAGGUUUGCUUUUUUUUGGGGUAAAUUUGCGCAAUCUGCGCCAUGACGUUUCCUACGGCCACCAUCUUGGUUGCCAUGAUCUGUGACGGGUCAUGGCAGCCAUUUAAAAAUCGAAGUGUCUACACGUCCGGCGCGCCGGACGUGUAGUGCGCAAGAUACACGUCCGGCGACUUGUCACGUGACCGCCGGACAUGGCCGGACGGCUAGUAGUUUUUAUAAUUCCAAACGAAGUACGAUUUAGUACAUCUUGUCUGGUCUUGUGGUAGAGUGGUUGCUUGACGAUAGGAAUGUUUGAGGAUCUAUACCGGGGAUAGGGUCGUUUUUUUUCUUCCCAUUUUAAUUAAAAUAUUUUGUAUAUAUUUAUAUUAUCAUGUUCCUCAGCAACAGUAGUUUCAUGAGAAGUUUUUAAAUAUUUUGUAGCAAUUGAAAUAAUUUAAAAUGAAAUCUUUAACUUUUAUUGGUUGCCACACUGGCCCCUAAUUUAUUUUAUGGAUUACUGGUACACAAAAAAUAACAAACUAAACAAAAAUGUUUACAAGCCACUUUCACUUAAGUUUCUUUUUCUAUUAUUUGCAUUCAAGAUACUCAGUACAUUACUUGGUAGAGAAAUAGAUUUUAAAAUUAACAAUAGUUUUGAAUUAUUCGCAGUCACGUGACAAGGCUGACCGACACGAUAUCUCUCGCCACUUUGUUACGGCGGUCAUGUGACUUGGUCGCCGGACACAUAGUGCGGGAGAUAGACGUCCGGCGCGCACUGCCUUUAAAAAUAGUAUAGCACUUCUGCUAAAAUGAGGAGGGGAAAGUAGGAGAAUGUGCUGGUUUAGCUAUUUACAGAGAGAAAUGACAAUAGAGAGAGAAAACUUUAAAAUUUAAUGAAAUAAUUUCAGUAUCUCGGCUGGUUCAUAAAUUUUGGGCAAGCAAAGCAACUUUAUUGUAACCAUUCAAAUAUUCUGCAAGAAGUGUCAACGACUUGCGGUCGCCCCCAUUUCUCGUGUUAUUUCAGCUGGUACAUGCUCCUCAACUAAAACACAUGGGCGGCUACAGUUAUACACUGUUGAGAGAAAACUGUAAAAAAGGAAGAAAAACGAUACAAUUUAAUUUUAAAAUAAUGAAUUACAGUUUCAUAGCUUACACUUUUACACACUUUAUUUCAUGUUCCACCAAAAAGAAAAUCUAAAAGUUGUCAGAAAAGCAAUUCAUACUCAUUUUCCAAAAUUCCGGAAAAUUUAUAUUUUAUAAUUAACUAACCAAUGAAAUUUUAAUUUAAAACAUUCCAAUAGUCAUAUCAAAGAAAAAAUAAAUAGAAUAACAGCACAAGAAUAAACAAAUGGGAGAGAAUCCUACACACACAUAUGUCAUGUCGGGGAUUGCUGUAAAUGACCAUUUUUGUUUUGAAUAGUUAUUUGUGAUCAACCUUUUUUCCUCCUCUCUCUCUUUAAACUCAGUCAACCCAUGAUGAAGCAUGAAAAUGAUGAAGUUAAAAUAAAACUAAAACAUAUUUUAAAGUAACGGUAAAUCUGUUGCUUGUGUCAUGGUUUUUGACAAGAGUUGUCUCACCCUAACUGCAUUGACGUCACUUUGGGGAAUUCCAACAUUUGACAGUACCUACCAACAUUUUGACAUGAACAAUGUGUAAGAGUAGGUACUUUGACACAAAAUUUAAAUAUUGUCCAAUUGCCAUGAAUGUUACAUCAUUUUAAAGGGCUAGCUAUAAGCUUUAUAACAGCACCAAUUUCAUCUCUCUAUCUUUUAUAGAACCGGAGUUAUGAUUUUUUUGUCAAAUUUUGUAUGCUCCUUAUAUAAGCUAUAUAUGCGGCCAAAAAACUUGUGACCCACUUUUAAAUUUUUUUCACUUUUUUCCCCAUAACUUUUUUAUUUUUAAAGAUAAUGAUACCAAAUUUUCAGUAGAUAUUCUUAAUGCAAUAUACAACACAAUGAACACCACAUUUUCAAAUUAUAUAAUAAAUUUUUAUUCUUAAAAAUGUUUAUGCAGGGUAAGUAAAAAUAAAAUAUUUAAAAAAAAAAAUUGUAUGGGUAAAUUUUUACAUUAAAAAAAAAAAAAAAUUGCAGGUUAAUUCCAUUGUCUUACAAUAACAAUAUCAAAUACAAUUUUAAUUAUUUAAUUUAUGUUCUGUAGGGAACUUUAAAAUAUCUGAAAAGAAAAAUUAUUAAAAUUUUAUUUUUAAAUCAAAGGUCCACACAAUAAACUAAAUACAUGAAAUGAAUCAGUGCUACUACUUAUUUGAUGGGACUCUGAAAACAUCCUGAAAAUAAAUAUAGAUAUAUUAAUAAAUUAUUCAAAUAUAACAUCCUGAAAAGAGAUUUAGAAAUGUUAUUAAAAAACUAUUCAAAUAUUUAGUCAAAACAGACAACAAUAAAAUGGUUAACGGUAAGUUUGUAAAUAAAUUACAGACAAUAACUUUUAAACCACUACCAAUUAAAUUAACAUUUACCUGUGUGAGAUGAAGAAUUUAAUAUAUUCUGAAAAGAAAAAAAAGGGGGGGGGGGGGAAAAAUUUUUUUAAAUACACCAGCAGUCAAAAAAAAAUAGUAAGAGGUACAUUCAUUAAAGCAAUGCUACCCAACAAAUAUUUAAUCACUGCUGUUUUAUUUAUAAUUAAAACUAUAAUAUGAAAUUUAAUAGUUGCCUUUUUUUAAAGAAAAUAAAUGUCCUGAAAAAAUAAAAUAAAAAAUAAAAAUGAUUAAAGAUAGCCUAAAAAGGAAAAUUUAAAAAUUAUUUUUAAAAGUUAUCAAGUAAAAAUGAAAAUCAUUGGGUCUCACAGUAAUCUAUUUACACAAAAUAAUUUUCUAAAGAUAUGUAAACAUUAAAAGAAAAGAUAACAGCCUGAAAAAGAAGAAUUGGAAAGGUAAUAAAAGAGUAAUGAAGACAAAAUCAAUUUUAAAAAAUUAUAAAAUCAAUGGUUCCAACAGUAAAAAUGUAUGCACACAUUAAAAAAUUCUAAAUCAAUAGAAAGUAUAAUGAACAAUAGCGUUGAGAGAUAAGAUAACAGUCUGAAAAAGAAAAAUGGAAAACGAUAUUAAAAAAGUAAUAUAUGGUAGACAAAAUAAAAGUUAAUGGUCACUACAUUUAAUAUUUAAACAAAAUAAUUUUUGAAAUAAAUACUAAUACCUGGCACUAAUACUAAAUAUUAACAUUUACCUGUAUGUGAAUAAAAAUUUAAAAUAAUGUGAAAAGAAAAAAAAUGAAAAAUAUUCUUUAAAAAAAUGAGUCAGGUACAUACAUUUACGGAAACAACAACAAAUUUAAUAUCAUUGCUGUUAUUAAUUAUAAUUAAUACUAUAAUAUGACAAAAAUUAAUAGUUACCUUUUUUUUAAAGAAAAUAAAUGUCCUGAAAAAGAAAAAUGAAACACUUAAUAAGUAAGAGUAUGAUAACUUUCCCAUUCUUCACUAAGCAUCAUUUGUGUCAUAAACAUAUGAUGAUGAUGAUCGAUAUUGAUGGUAUAAAAUAAAUUAAAAUUAAAUUUUCCAUUCCUUUAUAUUAACAUUCAACUUACAGUUAUAAAAAGAGAAACUCAUCCUUGCUAAUACCCCAAGAUAAACUCCACAAAAAACAUGCUAAAAUUGUUGUCUUUUGAUUGGGUAAAAAAUGGUUAACCUGUAUGCUGUUCAUUUCUAUAAUUUCACAAUUUAAAGUUACAUUUCAACAUAAUUUUCUGGGGAGAGGACCCCUCCCCCACACACACAACACACACAUACACUUUCAAUUCAAAAAUAAGAAAAUAAAUAAUUUUCAAGACAAAAAUAAAAAAUGAUUAAAAAAACUUUUAGCAAAUGAAUACAGAGCUAAAAUUUGAAAUCUUUUGAAAAACUGAACUAUGGCCAGUAGUUGACCUGGGUAACCAUGACCUACAUACAAUGGAAGACAUUGCCGGCCAUGCCGCUAACUGUAUUUUAGCUAACUUAACUAUUAGGCCAGGCCUAUAAUAGUAUUAACAAAUGAAAUAUUCUUUUCGUAAAAGCAUGUUAAUAAGUUGAGAACAAAUGUACAGUGGAACCCUGCUAUAAAUGGUAUUGGGAUUUUAUGGAAUGGCUCCUGAAACAUUUUAUAUUCAUAAAGGGCCUAUGCUUUAUCAUUCACAUAUGCAUUAUUACAAGAAAAAAAAGAUUAUCACAAAUAGGUAUACAUAUACUCUAACAAUGAAAUAAAAAUAGUCUUUAACACCAAAUAGCUUACUAAGAAAAAGAAAUUAAAAAAAAACAAUUUAAGUUAAAAGUAUAUAUUUUUUUAAAUUCCCAUUUAUAAUAAUGUAAAACCCUGAAUUAAAAUGAUUAGGGGGAGAGGGGUAUUAAUGCAAUCCGAUUUUGUGGACCCCAAUUAUUUUGUCAUAUCUGAGUUUCACUGUAAUUGCGUUUGUUAUGGGGAGGAUACAGAAGUUUGAUAUGUGCUUUCAAAUUAAGGUUUAUAUAAUAUGUUUCCAGAAGUUGUGCUGGAAAAAGCUUCCUUUGGAACUUUGGCUACCUUGCUGUUUUUAGAACUGUUCAUUGGUUUGGAAUACCAGCCCCUUCACCAGUUACAAAUGCUGCUCAGUUAUUCUUAACAUUAAGGGUAGGAUCUUGUUUCAUGUUUUAAUAAAAGGUUCAACAUUUUCUUUUAAAUAUUUGUAAUUUAUCUGUAGACUUGAAGAAAAAAAAUUCCUAGUGAAACUAUUUUUUUAUUACCAUAGCAUACUUUCAGAUUCAUGCACUCGGUUUGUUUCUAGCAGGAACAGAGUAAAAUAGUUAUUUUAUUUACUUACCCAGAUGGUUGGACUAGCAUUUGAAGUUCAAGACAGCCACCAGCGGAGAAAUUCAAUAGAUCCUGCCAGUUUAGUUAAAGGAGAAAUGGAAUUAAAAAUGAAAUAUUGCAACAUAGACGUAAAGCCCUUAGAUAUCAUAACCUAUGCUUUCUGUUACAUUGGCCUUUUGACUGGUAAGAUGCACUGGUUCUUAACAUAGUGGAACAAAGCAUUUAAAUAAAAAUAUUAUAUAACCCUUUUCUAAUAUAAAAUAUGGGGGAAAAAGUUGAAUAGCAUCAAUUUCAAUUUUUUUUUUUGAGAUUUAUCAUUUAAUUAAUUAAGUUGAAUUAUUGCAUGUUAAAUAUUUUGGCUUAGUGACGUUACAUCCAAAGGGUAAAUAUUUGGAUUUGACAGAAGUUAUUACUUGUCAAAGCAAUGUCUACAAGUAUUAUUUCAACUUUACAGUAUUUAUUUUCAGGCCCAUAUUACAAAUAUCGCACAUACCAAGAUUGGCUGCGCCUUCCAGAUAAUGCCAACUUAAACCGGAAGCAACCUUUUCUUCAGAGGGUCAAGCAACUUCCUGCUAUAGCUAUUUCAUUUCUCUUUUUCUCUUACUUCUUCAAUAUUCAGGUACAAUUUUUUUAAAAUUUAAAUUUUAACUUGUGCAUUACUAACAAAAAUAUAAUGAUUAAGUGAAUCUAUCUCCUUCAGCUGAUUUAAUUUUUGUUGAUUUAAAUUGUGCCAUUUUGUAUUUAUCAAAUAAUACAAAUUAUGCUUGUAAUAAAUUUCUAUUUAGUGUAAAUUGUAAUUAAGAUUUAACAGUAAAAUGGAAAACAACUAUUCUGAUAUUAUUCAAGAUGUUCAGAUGAAUGUUUUGUUAAUUUUGAAAGCACUAAUAUUGUGCCAUAUUUAUUUUCAGUAUGUAGAAACAGAUGAAUUUUUAGACAGACCUUUCAUCUUUCGGUUACUAUAUAUGGUUCCCAUGUUUAUUAUCUUCCGGACGCGCCUCUAUAUGGCUUGGAUUAUGUCAGAGUUAAUGUCCAUGACAGCAGGUCUUGGGGCAUAUCCAGUUAAAUCAGCACCAAAAUGCGGUGAAGGGCCAACAGAUUAUAAACAGUUAGAUUUAUGGUAAGUUAAACCAACUGUUAUAAACAUCUGGAAAAAACCAAGACUUCAUGGUUCCAAACUGAAAUUAUAAAUAUAAUUUUAAUUUUCAUACACUUAUUUAUAAAAAUGGAAUAUGAAUUUGCUUUUCUCUGAAGAAAGGACACAUAAGUUCAAGCUGCUAACAGCUUACCACAACUAAAUAUAAGAUAAGAUUCUUUUAUUGAUCCAAACAAAUGGAAAUGUUUUUUUAUUGCGUUGUACAUUUUCAGCACUUACAUAUAACAAAUUGAACACAAGAUAUCUCCAUUAAAUUAUUUCACUAGUGUAAAAAAAAAAAACAGCCAUUCAUUGAAUUCUCUUAGCCAUAGCAGGGACUUAUUAGUUCUCAUUAAGAUUUGGGAAUUCAGGGGAGCAUGCUGGUAAAUUUGUACAGAUUGGGGAACAAAAGAAUUUUUAUAUCUUUCAGUUCUCUCCUUAAGAGAAAGAAUUCAUCCCGAAUGGUCCGAUCUUAAGUAUCUGUGAUGAAGAGGGUAGGAUGCAUCAUCCAAAAUUUGUUUAGUUUUACAAUAACAUCUUUCCUCAAAUAGUUCUUCAAGUGAAGGAUGUUUAGUUUGUCUAAUGUUCCUAGCUUUCUUGAUUAGUCUGUUUAUUCGGUGUUUAAUAUUAGAUGAUGAAUUCCCACACUAUCUGGUAAUAUUGAAAUUAAGUAGGCUUCCAAUUGUUGCACUGUAGAAUAAGUUAACAACUUGUUUGUUUAAGCUUAAAUUGUACAAUUUUUUGAAGUAGAGCAGUCUUUGGUUGAAUUUCUUAUACAGCAUUUAGGCGUGCUCAUGCCUUGUUAGCUUAUUAUUAAUGGUGACACUCAAGUACUUAUAUGCCUCUACUUUCUCUACACUUUGAUAUUUUUAUGUUGAGAUCUGUAAUCUGCUUUUCCCCCUCCUGCUUAAUACAAUUUGUAUUAUUCAUUGAUGCAUUGAUAAAUAAAUACUAUCAUUUAUUAUGUUUUAUGCAUAAUAAUGAUAAAAAGCUCAAUACAUUUAUGUAAAUAAUUAGACAUUUUAAAUAUAGAUAUAUCGUGUAAAUGUAAAGAUUUUUGCUAAAAACAGAAAUUGAUAGUUGGCUGAAGUUGAUGUACUUAUAAAUUUUCUCUUUUUCUUUUAAGUUAAUUUUGUUUUAAAAUCAAAUUUAUGGUUCUAUUUUUUAUUAUUAUUAUUGUUUUUUCCUUUUUGAAGUCUAGAGGAUGAAAGAGAUGGCAAAGACUGUGAUUAUAACUUUGAAACUAUUCACAACAUUGACAUUUAUGGGUGUGAACUGGCACCCAUGACAAAGCAAGGUCUUCGAAGUUGGAACAUGACUGUUCAAUACUGGUUGGCCAGUUACAUUCACCGCAGAGUCCCAGCCAAUUUAAAGGCCCAUAGGUAGUCACCUUAUAACUUAUUAACUUUAUAGAAGUGUGAUAUUUAAAUUAAGCAGAAUCAAUUGCAAGAAAAGUUUUAUAAUAUGUUUCACAUCCAAACAACAAUCGGCUUAUUAACUAUUGAUGUGACUAAACUUGGUAAAUUGAAUAAAUCUUUUUCAAUCGUCCAUAUUUCACAUGAAAUGCAAAUGGAUAAGAUUUCCAUUUAAAAUUACUUGUUAAUGAUCCUUAUUAAAUAGUCAUAUCACUAAAAAAUAAAAUCUUAGGUAUUCAUAAGAGCAUGCAGAAUCUUUAAAUUCAUUUUGGAAUGUUGAAAAUUAGUGUCUUUAUUAUUUUUAUAAAGAAAUUAUUUUGUCAACUCUCAUUCCACUUGUUACUUAAUCUUUGUAAAAAAAAUCCUAGUUGAAAAUAUAGUUUUAUAAAAAUGAAAAAAGGAAUACAUUUUUAGAUCUAUUCUAAUAUAUUUAUUUUAAAUAUGUUUUACAGGGUGGCCAUAACAAUGGCUGUGAGUGCUUUCUGGCAUGGCAUUCACCCUGGCUACUAUUUAAGCUUCCUAACGGUGCCCCCAAUUCUUAUGGCUGAAGAAGUUAUGAUCAAAGCAUUCCGCGAUGGGAAGUCACCUCAGGUGCAGAUGGCCUUUGACUGGGCAUGUUGGUUCUUUAAGAUGCGUGGAUUUGACUACAUGUGCAUGGGCUUCCUGCUUCUUAAACUACAAUCCACAAUAAGAUACUGGUCUUCCAUUUAUUUCAUGGGUCACCUUGUUAUGUUGCUGUUUUUGGCUCUGGGAACCACAGUGCUUUCAUUCAGGCCAAAAAAGGAUAGAAAACAAGUCGAGUCUGAUAAAAACCAGCCUAUUCAACCAGAGGACAAAAAAUCAAAUUAAAAUACAUUUUUAAAAGUAUUAGCCCCCCAAAAAAUCUAAAAAUAAUACAUUUUUGCUGAGAAGUAUAAUAAAAGUUCAUUUAAAAUUAGAGCACAUAUCAAAGCAAAUGCAGCUGAUAGUUAUUAGAUUAUGUAUAUUUUCAACAUAUAUGUUAUAACAUAUAGGUAGACCUCUAUUUAAUAUUAAAAACUGUAAUGUAUGACUGAGAUUAAAUAAUUGUAAAAUACUUGUUUUUUUUUUUUUUUAAAUUAUGAUUAGAUUUUUAAUUGAUGGUAAUUAUUUUCCUUAAAUAAGAAUAUUUAAAGAAAUUCCAGUGGUGUCAUUUUAAAAAUCUUUUUGCUUUCACUUUAUUAAAAAAAUGCUUUGAUUAUUAUAUAUAUCAUAUACGCCAGCACAUGUAAAUAAGUCAUUUAUAAAAUAUACAUCCUUUGCUAUUUUCUCACAAAAUGUCAAGGACCAGUUUAUGACAGUGAUUUUUUUUUAUAGAUAGAAUUAGUUAUCAAUUUUCAAUUGAAUAACUUAUUUAACUUAUGGGAAAAUUAUAGUUUGGAAAAGACUGAUGAUUUGAUGUAUCCAGCUUAAACAAUACACUCAAUAGUUAAUUUGAUUAGGAAAAGCCUGUUGAUAAAUUUACAUUUAGAAUGAUCCAUUUCAAUUUUUCAAAAUAAAACUUUGUUGUGCAUUUAGAAAAAUGAUGUGGUAUUUUAUGAUAUUAUAAACAUUCCAAUUUGUCAAUUAGCUUUAACCACAAAAAUUGAUGAAAUAGCAUUGUUAAUGAAAUUUAUGUGUUUUUGUUAAGUUCAAUUACCAGAAAAUGAAAUGCACAACCUCUGAUUAAUUAAUAAGUAUAACUGAAUUAUUUGUCCAAGUCAAUGGAUUUUAAAUAUGUGAAAAAACAAAUUUUAUGAGCAUUCUCUCUAGUCAAUCUUACUACAACUGGGAAUUAAUAAGUAUAUCAUCCUUCAAUGCUUUCAAUCUCAAUAAUUAUAAAGUUUAUACAUUUAUUUUUAAGCUAUUACAGCAGGAAAGUUUUUCUAUUUUCAAUUCAGCACAUAGAAGUCAAGAAAGAGCAUCAUCCAUUUGCUUCAGAGUGUGGUUACAAAGUAUAUUUUUAAUGGUGACACAACGUUUUAGACUUAAGCAGCACUAACUCUUAAAUGAGUUGCAUUUUAAUGAAAUUUAGAAAUGAAACUGCAAGAAGAAACUUGUCUGUCUUAAGCGUUGGUUUGAAGAUGGUUUAAAUCCACAGCUUACAGUGUGCUUUGCAUGAGUCUUUUAAAAAUUGUUUGUAUUAAUAUAUAUGAGUAAUGUAUUUAUGUCUAGUUAUAUAUGUUCAUCCAUCAGUUUUGAUGCUUGAACUGUUUGCUGUUCAAAUUUCAUGGGAGUUAUAAUUUUUUCAGAAAUCAGCAUGUCAUGUGUUUGUUCAACCGUCAAGAAUAAAGAAUUUCUUGGGCCAGUUCUGGCUAAAUCGUUUUGUUCUGUUAAUUUUCCAGUUGAUUCAUAAUGUUAAAUUUUAUUGGAAACAAACGGAUGGUUCAGUUCUUAUUCUCAGUAAAUGAGAUUGAAAUGAAAAAGAUUAUUAGUAUGGUUUUUAUCACUAGACAUUUUUUUUUUAAUCUUGUUGAAGUAUUUUACUGACCAUGUCUAUGCUAAUCCUGUUGAAUUCAUUUUCUUUAAUUAAUAAUAUUAAUACUCAUG